GUUCUGAGCUCGCUCCAUGCGGAGAUGUGGGUCAAAUACUGAACUGUGAAUCACGGCUGUCAGGACAUACCAAACAGCAAGCUACUUAUUAUGACUCAAUACAAGAGCAGCACUGAAUAACGGUGAAGAUGCGGGAGCGUAUAACGGUACACCGCCGCUAGAAUGGUUGCUCGAGCAUGCUCGCUCGUUCUCUCUGGUCUUGACGUCAGCGAGACUGUCUGAGCCGCUAGCAGCGCACUCUACCAACCGACCGUCCAUUGUGAACAAGCUGAACGAUGCGAGCGCUCGACACCUUCGCCGCCGCCCUAUAGAGAUCUCUGGACCGAGCGCCAAACGUAACGACUGGGACAGCCGGACCGUGUGAACGCUAAAUACGGAGACAAUAUUUGUUUUAAAACAAGUGUAAAACGUUGUCGUGUCGGUUUUUUAAUGCUUUAGUUAGCCACCGACAGAGCGCGAGCGAGAGGGAGAAAGAGAGCGAGUGUGUCUAGAGAGAAAGAGGGACAGGGAAGAAAUCCUACCGAGGAAAAAGGGGUUGCUCGUGUUUUGCACUUCGCCUAUUUUGGAUACCAAGAUAGCAAGUUGUGUAGCCAUGGGAUGUACAUUGAGCGCAGAGGAGCGAGCGGCUUUGGACAGAAGCAAAGCAAUCGAGAAAAACCUUAAAGAAGAUGGACUCACUGCUGCAAAAGACGUGAAACUCCUCCUGCUUGGGGCGGGGGAGUCAGGAAAGAGUACCAUCGUCAAACAGAUGAAGAUCAUCCACGAGGACGGUUUCUCGGGCGAUGAUGUGAAGCAGUACAAGCCCGUGGUCUACAGCAACACCAUCCAGUCCCUGGCCGCCAUCGUCCGUGCCAUGGACACCUUGGGCCUGGAGUACGGGAACAAGGAGUGCAAGGCGGAUGCUAAGAUGGUGUGUGACGUGGUGAGCCGCAUGGAGGACACGGAGCCGUACUCCCCCGAGCUGCUGGGCGCCAUGAUGCGUCUGUGGUCCGACGCAGCCGUCCAGGAGUGCUUCAGCCGCGCCCGCGAGUACCAGCUCAACGACUCCGCCCAGUACUACCUGGACAGUUUAGACCGGAUUGGAGCAUCAGACUACCAGCCCACAGAGCAGGACAUCCUGAGGACUCGGGUCAAGACCACGGGCAUCGUAGAAACACACUUCACCUUCAAGAACCUGCACUUCAGGCUGUUUGACGUGGGAGGCCAGCGGUCGGAGAGGAAGAAGUGGAUCCACUGCUUCGAGGAUGUGACCGCCAUCAUCUUCUGCGUGGCCCUGAGUGGUUAUGACCAGGUUCUGCACGAAGAUGAGACCACGAACCGCAUGCAUGAGUCUAUGAAGCUGUUUGACAGCAUCUGCAACAACAAGUGGUUCAAGAAGACGUCGAUCAUUCUGUUCCUCAACAAGAAGGACAUAUUCCAGGAGAAGAUCCAAAAGUCUCCUCUCUCCAUCUGCUUCCCUGAGUACUCAGGUCCCGACACCUUCAUGGAGGCGGCGGCCUACAUUAAGUCUCAGUACGAGAGUAAGAACCAGUCUCUCGACAAGGAGGUGUACACCCACGAGACCUGCGCCACUGACACCAACAACAUACAGUUUGUGUUUGACGCUGUCACGGAUGUGAUCAUCGCUAACAACUUGAGGAUCUGCGGCCUCUACUGACCACGCCCACAGCACCUUAAGCCCCGCCCGGUGUCAACAAGCCCAGCCCCCGUCUAUGAAAGUCUCCCUGUCCUAAGUAGACCCCUUAUCCUCCAGGGUACCCCCCCCUCUCUCUUUGAUCCUCUAGUCCUGCCCGCUAGCAAACCAAAGAAACACUUGUACUUGUUUAUUAUUAUUCAUUAUGAACCAGCCCCUCUCUUUUGAGGUUCCAUUGAUCUCUGAGCUGUAGUGUCAGUGCCGUAGACAGAACACUGGCUCUCAGACACUAAGGUGUUUUGGGGUGAGUCCAUAUAGUCUUCAGAUGUUACGUUUCCUGUCAGCUUCCCCUCCUGCAGGCUAGUUGAGUUACAAGAGAUGGGGUUUUUGUAGAAUGUUUUGUGACCCUGCUGAUUGAUUGAUCGCUGCGUUUGAGAACGGAGAAACGUAGCCUGCUGUGUAAAUAAUGUGAAUUCGUGGAUUACCUUUGGUCCGUUCUAUUUACGUUUUUUUCUGCUUGUAAGCGUAAGUGCUUAGUCGUGGGAUAGCGUGCCUAGCUUAGCUUGCUGCUGUUGCUACAAGCCUCCUGGUCAGAAGUGUGAAGGUUGGUUCAGACUCGUUCUCUGGUGAGGUGGAAGUCGUAACUAAGACUGUGAUGUCCCCAUGUUAGACCAGCAGGUUGCUUCGUCACCUCGGCACAUUCCCAGCUAAUCUGUAAUUACCAGAGGGCAGGUUGUGUGUAUCAGAUAUCUGAAAAGUAUUUGUGUGUGUGUGGUGACCUGGUGUGGAGGUAUAUCCAAAAGUCAGCUGUUUCAUGCUGGCUGGCACAGGCCCUCGGGGAGAACAGGAAAUGUCACAACACCCUGUCUGCCCAUGCCAAAUACAGUUCCAGAGAGAAGAUAGGACAUCCAUGUCCCUCCGUUGUCAUGGAGACAGAUGCUCUGACUCAUACUGUUCUCUGAUUGGUCUGCUUUACGGGGUCACGCCCAGACAGGGUCCAGGUGCAUCUGUGUGUAUGUUUGUUUGAUGUGUGUUUUGAUGUGUGUGUUUGAGAGGGAGGGGAGGUGGAGCUAUUAACAGCCCCUGUGUGCCAUAGUGGAGACAUUCUCUCCCAUUCCAGAGGCCAAACUAAAAUGGAGGCCAGCAGUAAGGUACAGUAUUUGUAAUCCCCGACAACUGCCGUCUCAAGCACUUCUGGUCUCUUUAGAACAGAGUUAUGGACAGGGAAUAGCCUGUGUGAAUUUUACAAAGGGCUUUGUGUGUGUGUUUGUGUGUGUUUGUGUGUGUUUGUGCCUUUGGCCUUAAACCUGUCUGUCUGACAGACAGACAAUAAUAACACUGGUUGAUAGGCAAUAACAGGAGCAGUCAUGGAGGACACUGGUUAAUGAAGUUUAUUACCCAGGCAGUCAGACUGAGGUGAUUGAGGCUGAAGCCAAGGUAAAAGGAUUGACGUGUGUCUGGUGUAGAACUACUGAGGCGCUAGUGACUGUGUGAGGGAGACAGAUGAAAACAGCAGCAAGUCUGUUGACCCUGACACACAGAUGUGAGAAGGAGGAGGAGGAAGUUGCUCUCACCUCCCUGGGCAGCCGAGAACCUCGCUUUCAGAACAGAUACUGCAGACAUGAAGGAUGUAACAAUAGCAUCUAGAACUGGGGAAUCCAGACAGGCCAUUGCUGCAGUAUACAGGCCUAGAGCAUGUGUGUUCUAGAAUGCUGCGAACGUGUGUGUUCUAGAGUGCUGCGAACGUGUGUGUUCUAGAAUGCUGCAAACUUGUUUGUUCCAGGAUGCUGCAAACGUGGGUUCUAGAAUGUUGUGUGUUCUAGAAUGCUGCGAACGUGUGUGUUCUGGAAUGCUGCGAAAGUGUGUGUUCUAGAGUGCUGCGAACGUGUGUGUUCUAGAAUACUGCAAACUUGUUUGUUCCAGAUUGCUGCAAACGUGUGUUCUAGAAUGUUGUGUGUUCUAGAAUGCUGCGAAUGUGUGUGUUCUAGAAUGUUGUGUGUUCUAGAAUGCUACUCAGACUCAAGCCUAACCUGUAGGUCAGAGAACCUCAUCAGCAAAGCCCCUGGUGACUCCCAUUAUGCACUUCAGCUUUUUUGCUCGUUUUAAAAGGCUGUGUCUUGAUCUGCUUCAAGUGUACAGAACCUCUUAGAGAAACCAACCUGCCUGCCACUAAUCCUACCUUAGCUAAAAGAUAAGAUUAUCAAAACUUCAGGAAUCCCCAGGCGGGGAAAUAUAUUUCUUUCAGCAGCAGAAAGACAAGCAAAAUAUAGAGAGAAUGCAGUAAUGAAAAACAUUAUAAAUAAUACUAAUUAUAUAAAUACAAUGGACAAAUAAUAAACUACAUAAACAUAUAAACAAUGAAUGGUGUUAGUCACCAGCUCAGCCUACCAAAGACACCAACACAUUAACCCCUACAACUCAACCUUACCCAGAACCUUGCCCUCCAACCCUACCGUAACCCCUUGGCCCCUGUCCAGCUGUCCAUGUCCUGGUUGGAGAAGCUGUAUGAUAUUUCACUGCUGUAAUGAAUGCUAUUUUGCUCCUUUUCUCCUCUCCCCUCCUCUUCUUUCCUCCUCUCUUCUCUUCUCUCCUCUCUUCUGCUGUCCUCUUCUCUACUCUCCUCUCCCCUGCUCUCUUCUCUCCUCUCUUUUGCUCUUCUCUACUCUCCUCUUCUCGCCUCUCUACUCCUCUCCCCUGCUCUUCUCUCCUCUCUUCUGCUCUGCUGUCCUCCUCUCUACUCUCCUCUUCCCUAUUCUCUCCUCUCUUCUCUCCUCUCCCCUGCUCUCCUCUCUUCUCUCAUGUUUUCCGUCCCUUCCCUUGCACUCUACAAUCUGUUGUUAUUUAUUGAAAGGUGUAUUUUUUAUUAAGAACAUCCUAAUAAAGCACCACAUGAAAACACGCAUUGGAUUCUUUCUACUGGCUUCUGGAGUUUUUACUUGUUUUUUUUUCCUCUGUCCAUUUGACUCUUGUGAUGUCGGUUGGGACUGAGACAAACCCUCACACACCGUCACCGUCUCUCACACACACGUCACACCGGACUAAGAAUAUCAUGCUCUUAUUUACACAGAAGCCCAGAUAACAGACACCCCGCCAUCUCUCCCUGCCAACGCACACCGCCUCACACUGCUCCGAUUGGUGGUUAAUCAGUCACAUGGUUGAUCUUCUCUCCUGUUCUGUCCUAUUAGGGUGCUUCAUGGGGCUCCUCCUUCCUGUCCAGGCUGACUGGGACUCUGCUACUUCUGCCAGGGUUAUACUGCUUUGACUCUAACCUGUCCUCUUCUCUCUCUCUCUCCCUCCAUUCUCUCGCUGUCCUCCCUGUCCUCCUUCUUCUCCUCUUUCCCCUCCUCUUCCUCAUCUUCC